AUGAUUGUCAUUCGAUUAGUUGCGACCACGGGAAGAAAACUUUUCACUGCUCCAAUGUUUAAUUUCCCAAUAACACAAUUUUCAUUCUUCCCUUUUGAAAAUGUUUCCCCGAGCGAGACGUUUGAGAAAAAAUACAUUCAAAGGAAUUUUCCCGCAUGUUUUUCAACCACGUUCAAUUCGCAUGUGAUUGUGUUGAGAGAAGGCGUUGCUGAAUGCACAACACAAUCAACUUCAACCACUCCUAUGGAAAGAAGUUCUCAUAGCAUGCAGAAUACAAAAUAUCUUGCGAUCAUAAAUUUUCUUCAAAUGUAUAAACUUUGA